AUGAACCAACCUCCUUCACAUCUCAAAGACACGGCAUUUAAGAAAUUAGAGUUUACGCCAAUUGGUACAGAUAAACGGUCUAAUAACUCUCCAACUAAAUCCCCAUCUAUGACUAGAAGAGCUGAAGGUAUAGUAAAUGAUGCAGAAUUUUUCAAUGAUGAGGAACCACCAAGAAAAAUCCGUCGAACAAGUCUGAACGAUACAGUCAACUCAUUGGCUAUUCUAAACCAAGAAGAACAAGAUGAACUUUCAGAUGAAAGUGAUAAAGAUAACGCUUAUUCAUCUGAAUUUGAUGAUACUAUACCUAAGAUACCUGAACCACAUGAUAGCAAUAACAUUCAAAAUAAUGGCUCUAAUGCAAUUCAUCGUAAUAACGAAAAUAAAGACGAUGAAUAUAAGAAGAAUUUAAUGCCUGAACUAAGCGAUAAUAUAAUCAGUUCUAAACCAUUGAAACAACAACAGGAAGAAGUGGAAAUGCUAAUUAAGGAGAAUCAUACUUUGAAAAUCAGAAUCCGUACUCUAGUCAAUUUCUUCAACGGGUUUGACCUUAAUACUUUGAAAAAUAUGGACAUCAUUGAUGAGAUUGGUAAAUGGAAACAAAAAUAUAUUAAUUUAAAUACGGAAUAUAAUACUUUGAAAUUGAAAUAUGAUGAUUUGAAUCUGAACAGUGAAAAACAUUCAGAAGCGGAGGUUAAAAUUGAUAAAAAGAAAGAGGCUAAACUUGUUAAAGAACAUAAGGUAUUACAAGAUUCAUUCAAUCAGACAAGAUUAGCAUUAGAUACUUUGCAAAAUCAGUUUAAAAAAUUACAAGAGGAGAAAGCUAAGGCUGAUCACGAGAUUAGAAACUUGACUACUCAACACCACGAAGAGUUGGAUACUAAAUUAUCACAGUUGGAUCGAAUCAUUGCUGAAAAAGACGACCUGAUAAAUAAAGAUACUGCUAAAAUUCAUAAAUUGGAAGAACAACUAAACUCCCUCAAUAAUGAUACAACAAGUCAAUCUACUAUAGACUCUUUAAAAAAACAGUUGAUAGAGGAGAAAUCGAUGUUAGAAAGAGUAAAAACAGAAAAUGAAACUUUAGAAAACAAAAUCCAUGACUUAAAAUCUCAGCUACGAGAAUCUGAAAUUGAAUUGAAGGCAUUGUCCGAGAAAUGUGGAAGAUAUGAAACUGAAAUCAGAGAUCAUAAAUCUACUUCCGAAAAAUCAAACAAUUACUAUAAAAAUAAAAUAAACGAAUUAGAAAGCAAGAUUAAGAAUCUCCACUUGCAACUAGAGAAUUUAAAUACCGAAAGGCAAGAACUUCAGGAUGCUCUUUUAGGACAUGAUAUAGCAGGAUCUGACGAGUUGAGAGGGAUUAAAGAAGAUAUGCAGAACGAACUAGAAAAAAUAAAGCAAUUAGAAGAAACUAAUCAUACUCUUCAGAUUAAUUUCGAUGACUUACAAAAAGAUAAUAGUAAAUUAACACGCAACUUGAAGAAUAGUGAAGAAAACAAGAAAACCCUUGAAAUACAGGUCCAAUCUAUGCAACAAACUAUCGAUAAUCUUGAAAAGGCUUCUAUUCAACUAACUUCAGAUCUGAAAAAGCUAACGAGAGAAGUGCAUGAUUUGAAUGAAAAGGAUGUUGAUUCUCAAGAACAAAUAUCUCGUUUACAAGAUAAAAUUGAAAAACUGAAAUCAGUUCAUAAGGAAGAGUUGAAGAUAGUUAAUGAAGAGCUGGAUGGAAAGAGAAAAGAAUUAAUUGAAACAAAUUUUCAAAUAAAACAAUUACAAAAUCAACUAUUUGAAAAUGUGAAGAAUUCGACCACUAGCGACAUAAAUGAAAAAGUGAUAAAGGAAAAACAAGAUCAAAUCGAAGAUCUUCAAAGAAAAUUAGCUGAUUUAAGAGAUGCAAUCAGAACUGAUCAAAAUAAGAACUUGAAGAAAUUUGAUCUUAGAAUCAAGGAAACGGAAAUGAAGUACACUGAAGAAUUAGGUAAAUUGAAAGAAGAUGUUAGGCUUUUGAAAAAUGAAAGAGCAAAGUUAAAGAAUCAAUUAGAAACCAUUAAAGAAUCUAAAGUUAAUAUGGAAACCCAACAUGAUAGAGAGUUGAAUGAGUGGAUAUCUAAGUUUAAUUCCAUGUCGAAAGAACAUAACAAUUUGAUAAAUCGACAAGAUAAUAAAAGAGAUUCCUAUAGAAAUGAAAUAAUGGAAACUCUGAAUGAAAAUAAACGGCUACUUGCCCAAUUAGAGGCAUUACAAAAUCAAAGAUCCGACAUGGAAAUUGAAAUCACCAAGCUUUCCAAAUCCAGAGAUGCCUAUAAAGAUACAUUGAAAAAUACGUUAUCUAACUUAGACUCUAUAACUAAAGAAUUUAGUGAAUAUAAGAGGAGGAACAAAAAUAACGAUGAAAAAAAUGAAAGCAUGUCAGAUAGGUAUCAAAAUAUGCAAGAAAAACUAAUGAGAAGGAUAAAUCAAUUGGAAGAUGAUAAUUUGUUAUUGGAAAGACGUCUUCAAAACCAACCUUUGAGCUCCAGAGGCACCAAUGAUGCUGAACGAUUCUCCAAUGCAUCUGUAUCAAAAUAUCAAGAUAAUAUUGAUUAUUAUAAGCUCAAGUAUAAUAUGGAAGUCCAACAAAACAAUGAUAUGAGAUUACAAAUUGAUUACCUGAAUUUAAUUCUGAAAAUGAUUUCAAGGAAUGACAAAUUAAACUAUCUGAAGGCUAAGGAUGACAUAUAUCUAAGUCGUGAAAACAAAAAUAAUGAUGCAGAUCCUAUACCACGGUACAAUCCAUAUUAUAACGACUCGCUGAAUAAGCAAUGGUCAAAUAACUACGAAAUAAAUCCAUUCAAUGAUUUUUACAGAAAUAAUAACGAACAAAGGUUUUUUGACAGAAGAGAUAAUCAGAAACAGUUGAAGUUUAAAAGCGUGGCAUUAUUGGUACUUGCAUGUAUACGAAUGAAACGUGUGGCCAAUAAACAUAGAUGGGAUAGACAGAGGCUUCGAUACCUGGAAAGAAAAAUUGCAUUAAAUGAUGAUACCCAGAGCUGGUAA